AUGGGAAAUCUUCAUCCCUCUCGUUCUGAACGACCAGAAUUAAGCGAACGUGAAUUAUCUUAUAUAACCCUUCAUACUCAUUUUACACGAAAACAGAUAAAUGAUUUUUACAUUCGAUUUCUAACUUAUUAUCCACGUGGUUAUGUAAAUUUUCAACAGUUUUGUGAUUUAUAUUCCGAUGAAUUGAAACAUUUACAUAAUUCACGACCAUUACUUGAACGUUUAUUCCAUCAUAUAGAUACAGACAAAAAUGGACAAUUAAAUUUUAAAGAAAUAUUAUUUUUCAAAGCCAUUAGUAUGCCUGAAACUGACAAUGAUGAAAAACUUCGAUGGAUAUUUUUGCUUUAUGAUACUAAUUUCGAUCAUCAUAUUGAUGAAUAUGAAUUUUUGAAUUUAUGUCACUUAGCUUAUCAUAUUCAUGGAAAAUUAUUAAACAAAGAUCGCUUAAAUGAAUUAAAAAUUUUAUUUAAAAAAUUUGAUAUUAAUAAUGAUAAACAAUUAAAUUGUGAAGAAUUUAUAGAAUUAUGUCAACAAUGUACAGAUUUACUUGAAUUAAUAACACCUAUGUUUAAUAAUACAAAAUGGAAUGCAAAAAAAAAUUCUCGUGAAAAAUUUACAACAAAUGAACUUACAUCGGAUCAAAUAGAUUAUUUAAUGAAGCGAACAAAAUUUACUCGUGAACAAAUUUUAAAUUAUUAUCAAAUAUUUCGAAAACAUUGUCCUUCAGGUUGUUUAUCAAAAAGUGAAUUUAUCAAUUUUUAUAAAAAAUUACUUCAAUCAAAUACAUCUGAAACUUAUUGUGAAUUUUUAUUUCGUGCUUUUGAUAGUUUAUCCAAUGAUGGUUUUAUACAAUUUGAUGAAUAUCUUAUUGCUAUUUAUAUACAUAGUAAUGCAAGUACACCACGUGAAAAACUUGAAUGGCUUUAUAAUGCUUAUGAUCGUGAUGGUGAUGGAUAUAUUAGCUAUAAUGAAAUAAAUCAAAUUGUUCAUGCACUUUUUAUUUUAUAUGGUAUUGAUAGAGACAAACAUAGUGUAGGUUAUAUAUCAUAUGAAAUAAUGGCAAUAUUAGAUUUAAAUAAUGAUGAUAAAAUAACAAAACAAGAAUUUAUGAAUAUGCUUAAAGAUAAAGAACUUACCAAAUUCUUGGCUCCAUCAUUAAUUAAACAAAAUUAA